AUGGCGGGCUCAGACGAGUCUGCCACCACCAACACCAACACCAACAACCCCUCCUCGACGACAGCCACCGCCGCCGCCGCUCCCGCUGCCGAUACGGAGGCAGCUGACCAGCUACCGAAUGGCACUCGUGCAUCAGAUGCAACCACAACUGCGACUGCAACUGCACCUGCAUCUACGCAAAAGCAGACUCCCGCUGCGGCCAUGACGAGCGACAUGCCUGAGGUGGACGAUUUCGGCCUACCCAUCAGACGAUACGUGUCACCGCCGCCUCAGGAGACCGAUCAGACGACCGACGAUCAAUCCGAGCCGAACGAGUCCCAACCGAAGCCGGUCCACGAUGGGCAGCAUGCAACAGACGCAAGCAAUGAGACGGCUGCUUUAGCGAGGAAGGAAGUCAACGGCAAAGACGGCAAGUCGGAAAGCGACGAUGACGAGUUCAAAGACGCUCAAUCCGAGCAGCCGGCCACGGCCGUUGCCUCCGGAGCGACCUCGAAUACACCAUCUACCCCUGUAACUUCAAGUUUAGACAAAGACGAGGCCAAGGACAAGAAUGUGACAAUCAAAACGGAUGGAGAAAAGGUCAAAGGCCAGGAAGUUCCAGCAAACAAGGAAGUCGAGGGAGAGGCCAAAGUCGAAGCCAAAGAGGUGGUCGCUGCUAAGAGCAGUACCGAGAAGCCAUCAACAACAGAAGCUUCAGCAACAACCAAGAGCGAGAGCAAGGAGGAGGGUGUCACAACAAAAGGUGCAACCGACCGGGUCGAAUCAAAGGAGUCGGAAAAGACGGCACCAGAGACUAAGCCUAGCAAUCUCGAGCCGCAGCAACCAGGAUCACCUGCAAAGCUCGUCGACAAGGCAGACGAGCCCGAGCCCAAGGUGGCAGAGCCUCCUUCUCCUAAAACGCAGCACAAGAGAGACCAGAGCAAUACCAGCAAUGUCGGCGUCUCCGAAUUCUCCCAUCAGCAACUGACGUCAGACAAGAAGGAGGACGAUAACAACGAUGAUGGCGACUGGCAAACGAUGCCCGCAUUCGCCCCGUACGAUAUUUAUGACGAGGACAAUAGACUUGUCGCAAAGGAGUUCAAGGCCGACGAAGUUGACGAGACUUACGGCUACGGCGGACUUGGCGGUGCUGGAAAGGGAUAUACCCGAGUAAUUAUGGACGACGAUGCCGAAUCAGCUACCAGCAUGGACGACAAUACCCAAUACCUCUUCAAGGAAGUGAAUGGCACGAGUAUCGGCGAAGACGACAGCGAGGCCCGCGAUGCUGUCUCUCAGAUGCAGGCAACCAAGGACCUGCUGACGGAAGGGCAGAGAAUCGCCUACGUGGGACUGACGAGACUGGAGGUUCAUAACAUGGUCAAGGAAGCCGAGAGCGUCGAGCACACGAGGAGCGCAAAGAAGGAUGUCACAAUGUCGGCCGAAGCGACCAAGAUGUGGGGUCAGAAGAUGAUGAUCCGUCUCUAUACACACAUGGACAUCAGCUCCGCCGAGCAGAUCAUGGUUGAACAACUCAGCGACCACGGCGUGGUGCCGUCGGACUUGACUCCGAUUUUGAUGGCCAACGCCCGUGUCAAGAACCCCAUGGCCGAGGACGAAAACGAGUCGCGCAGCUCUCUCUCCGUCACAUCGCCAAGGGAAUCCCGUAGCUCGCUUUCCGUUACCUCGCCGAGGAGUAUGGGCCCCCCUUCACCCGCGCUCUCGCAGACCGAGAAAGCGGCCGAAGCGCCACCGCCGUACGAGGCGCACGAAGGAGAGGAGCUACCUCCUGUGAAGACCCCAGCCCAGAUGGUUACCUCGGACAAAAUCGACAUUGACCUGCGUUGGACGGUGCUGUGCGACCUAUUUCUUCUUUUGAUUGCCGAUUCGGUGUAUGAUUGCAGAUCAAGAAUUCUUUUAGAGCGGGUUGGCAAGAGUCUUCAAAUCGACUGGUUGGAUGUCAGAAAGUUUGAAAAGAAGGUGACGGACGCGUUGGAGAUGCAACAGGCCGCAGAGCAAGAAAACUGGAACGAGGACGAGCAUAUGGAGCAUCGGAGGAAACAAGCUCUCAAGAAGCGCUACAUGAUGAUGGGGUUGGCUACCGUGGGUGGUGGUCUAGUCAUUGGCCUCUCGGCUGGCCUUCUCGCUCCCGUCAUUGGCGCCGGCUUGGCUGCUGGCUUCACCACCAUUGGAGUGACGGGUACAUCUACAUUCCUCGGAGGAGUCGGCGGAGCUGCCAUCAUCACAUCCAGUGCCGCGGCAUCCGGUAGCGUUAUCGGUGGCCGAGCGGCAAACAGGAGGACGGGAGCCGUCAAGACAUUCGAGUAUCGGCCGCUGCACAACAACAAGAGGGUGCAUCUCGUCGUCACAGUAGCCGGAUGGAUGACGGGCAAGGUGGAUGACGUCCGUUUGCCAUUCAGCACCGUGGACCCCAUUAUGGGCGAUUUGUACUCUGUCUACUGGGAGCCCGAAAUGUUGCGGAGUAUGGGUGACACGAUCAACAUUCUCGCUACGGAGGCUCUGACACAAGGUCUGCAACAAGUUCUUGCAAGUACAAUCUUGACCAGUUUGAUGGCUGCCCUGUCAUUACCCGUUGUCUUGACAAAGUUGGCAUACCUGAUUGAUAACCCUUGGAGUGUAUCACAAGACAGAGCCUGGUCUGCAGGUCUCAUUUUGGCGGACUCUUUGAUUGACAGAAAUUUGGGAACACGCCCAGUCACACUUGUCGGAUAUUCACUCGGUUCGCGAGUGAUUUUCUCCUGCCUCUUGGAGCUGGCGAGAAAGGGGGCCUACGGCCUGGUUCAGAACGUCUACUUGUUCGGUUCUCCCCUCAUCAUCAAGAAGGACGAAUACCUCCGAGCCCGCACUGUUGUUCCAGGAAGGUUUGUCAAUGGGUACAGCAGCAACGACUGGAUCCUCGCCUACCUUUUCCGUUUGACUGGCGGUGGCCCUCGCAAGGUGGCUGGACUGGCUCCCAUUGAGGACCUGCCGUGGAUUGAAAACUUUGACGUCACAGAGUUUGUCAAAGGUCACAUGGAGUACCGUAAGGCUAUGCCGCGUCUCCUCCGAGAGUGCGGCUGGCUCGUGGAGAGUGACGAAUUCACCGAAAUCGAAGAUGCCGACCCCGAUAAUCAUCAGGAGCGUCAGCGAGAGCUCAUCAACGAGAUCGAGGAGGCUCGCAAGGAGCUUGAGAGGGAGGGGCAGAAGAAGAAGAGCCGCUUUUCCAUCUUCGGACGGGGGAAGAAGGCGGACAAGGAGAAGUGGGAGAUUUACGAAGACUCGGCAAAGGACGGAAACAAACCGAACCCGAGGACAGAAGACAAGGAGGGUAACAACCACGGUGUGCUGUUUGACGUCGAGGCCAUCCGAGCCGAAGUCGCAAAGGAAAAGACUGCCACGACGCAAGAGGAGGAGCCCGCAGAGUUCCAAGUAAAGGAGCUCAAGUCCACGCUCCCGCCCAUGAGACUCGAUCUCAGUUCGUCGAACGGAUCGCUCAACCCACGAGACAGCCUGCGCGAGACUAAGAGCGCGUACGCGGUACCGGGUCGAGCCUCGUACGAGACGACGGGCUCCUACUCGUACACGCCCGAGAGGACGCCGACGUUCCAGGGCAGCCAGACGUUCUCGCCCACGCUGUCGCAGCAGAGGGCCGUAUCGCCGUACCACGCGGCGCCGUCUCCGCUCGAGGAGGAGGUGGAGAUGACGUUUGACACUUCCUUUCACGAUCCGCCGCCGGCGCCGCGGCCGCCGCCCAAGGACGAUCCCGCUCCUCCGCCGUCGCGGCCGGAGAUGAAGUCGGCGCAGACGGUGCCUAAUAUGGGGGCGUCGAACCCCUGGGCGGACGUUGAUGACGAUGAUGAUUUUGGUAAAGAGAAGGAGAUCCAGAUGACUUUUGCAUAA